AAUGACAGUGGUCGAGGAGGUAGCGAAGAUGAAACUAGCCACAGAGGGUCGGGGCUUGAUCAUGGGAACAAACUGCAUCAUCCAAACUACCAUCGCGGCCCUCCACCAUCGUCCGACAACAGGAACAAACCUCAGCCUUAUCAUCAACAAAAGAUUCUUCCCGCAAAAUCAGCCUCAAAAUCCUCCUUGCAUUCCUCGAAAGGCAAACCGCAUCUCCAGCCUGGACCAUCAAAGAGAAGUUCCUACACUUCCGAUGUUGACUCGGAUCUUCCCAGAAACCGAGGAUCACAAGUUAGAUUAGACAACGAAAGGUCAACUGGAAAUCAGGGUUUUCCUUGCGGAAAAAAUCCCGACAAUUUAGGAAGAUCUACAAAUCAAACUCUUCCAUUCCCGCGGGAGAAAUCUUCAUCACAGAGGCUUACAAAAGAUUCCACUAAAGGAUUUGGAGCUUCGUCUGAAGGCAUAAACUCUUCUAACCAGACUUUCCGUGGACCGCCUAGUGCCCGCUUGCAGACAGCGCCUACAGUGGUGAACCCUAGCAAGGGUCGGCAGUUAUACCAAGCUCCCCCCAAAUCGUUUGCACCGCCCACCAGGUCGUACAAAUACACCGAUAGAGCGUACCCGGUGUCAGACAGACACAGCUCUCCGACUAGCCUUCUAGAAGAUGAGGAUAGAACGACAACAUCGGGAAGUUACACAGUUAACACGGAGGAGUUGCGUGAUGAUCUGCAUUCUCUUGUGCUGCAUGACACUGUUGUUUGA